AUGACAGAUGAUGAGCAGCAGAAAGCAGAAUUCUACAGACUGAUUGAAGAACAAAUCAGCGGCCUUGAUCAGAAGAGGAUUGCCAGCUACUACAUCACACAAGAAAGAUACGACAAGGUUCUACAGGCACUACAACUCGACAAAGGGGUAAAGUGCCAAGAUGGGAGCUACUUCAAGUUCUGGGCUACCAAGAACUUCAAGUUUCACGAAAUCGGCUCCAAGAAGAUUCUCUACUGCAAGAAAUCAUCCUGUCCUGUUGUUCCCAAGGAAGACAUCUUUGACACAAUAAAACGGCGAGUUGUUUAA